CAACGGAACCAACCGCGCACCACUCGAACAGUAAAACCCUAAGACACUUUAUCAAACCACUCAUCACUGGUGUCGUUCAGUCGCCGGCCACCGUAUUCUCCGCCGCGUCACCGCAACCGGAACCCAUCUAUCUUCUCCCGCUCUCGGCUCUCCGUGUCUCUUUCCACCAGAAUUGCAGAUUUUGAGAAAAGUGCAAACCCUAAUCUACUAUGAAAAAACCCAAUUACUAUAAAGAGGGUCCAUUAAUGGGAUUAUCAGAAGAUCUGGUUCUUGAAAUCCUGUUUCGGUUGCCUGUAAAGUCAUUAGGAAGGCUAAAGUGUGUAUCAAAAAAAUGGGAUACCCUAAUCUCAGACCCCGGUUUCGCCCUAUCACGUCUCGAAUUUUCAAAGUCUACUACUCCACCCUUAACCACUGCUAUGCUUGAGUAUAAUAACAUAUGCUCGCUUAAUUUUAGAAGUUGUACCGAUAUAACUAAGGGAGUAGACUUAAUCCCAUGGGACCAACAAUUCGACGAAGCUCAUAUGUUCAAGAAUCGUCGCCUUUACACGAUUGGGUCAUGUGAUGGCCUUCUAUGUCUUUACAUUAAGGAGAAGAAGAGGAAGUUAGCUGAAGAUUUGAUCUAUAUUUGGAACCCUAUCACCAAAGAAUCCAGAGAAAUCUCAUUGCCUGUUGGAGGAAGUUCGACUUUUGCUCAUAUAGAUUCUUGCUGGUUCGGCUUUGUUCACUCCUUAAAUGACUACAAGAUCGUCUUGAUUUCUACAGUGCAUAAGCCAAACCAUACAACGUACAUGUAUGUGUACUCGUUGAAGCGUAAUAGAUGGAGACAGAUACGUGUUAGUAAUGGAGAUUUGUCUUCUAUUUCAGGAUGUGACUCUGUUUUCAUAGAUGAAGCAUUGCAUUACCUUGGUCAUCGCCGAAGCAUACUUAAAUUUGAUUUAGUUACCGAAACUUUUAAGACGAUACCCUUCUCAUUUGUGCCUGAGCUGUUACCGAGUGUUGAUCAAAAGUUGCUUGGUGUUCUUGAUGAUUGCCUAUGUGUUAUGUUUGUACAUUACUCCAAUAGGGACACUGGGGAACACUACGAGGAAGAUUCUGAAGAAGAUUAUGAGGAAGAUUCCGAGGAAGAAUUCAAGGAAGAGGAAUGGAUGUUUGAACUCUGGGUGUUGGAGGAACAUAACAACUGGAAUUCUUGGAAGAAGAUGUAUAGAAUUGUCUUGGAGGAGGAGAUCUCUAGACAUUUCACCCAAUUUUUAAGUCUCAAAUACAGUGGCAUUAUUUGCAUUCGAGCUGCGAAUGACGGGCUUGUGGUUGUUGACCCAAGUUCGGAUCCACCUUCCUAUGUUGUUGUGAGGAAUUAUCGUGCAAAGGUUUACAAGAUGGCUGAUUUUAUGGAGAGUCUUGUUUCUCCUUUUUCUCCUUUUCCUCUUUGACGUUGCCGGUGGUGGUGGUGGUGAAGUUAAUUUGAGUUUGAGUUUGAGUUUAUAGGACUUCUUUGCUUUUCCAGUUAAACUUUGUAGUGUGCAUUGUGGAUCAAUUAACUGCUUUUGUAGGAUCCUUAACUUUAGAAGGGUUGAAUGUUGCGGAGGAGGUUUGUGGUUCAUCUUCCUGAUUCUGGAGUUGGAAUCUGAUGCUCUUGCUGCUGAACAUGGCGUUACAAGGAUGAUGUAUACAGAAGGUAAGAUCAUGUUUUGUUCAUUGUUCAUUGUUCAUGGUAUCUUCUCUUAUGUUUGUAGGUUUAAUUUUUAUUAUGAGUAGUUUAUGCAUUUGUGAUAGGAAUCCCUUUUCUUUGGUUAGAAAACAAGGCUUCGGAAAUUGUACUUUUGAACAAGUUGGUGUGAUUCCUAUAGAGUACUUGUGUUGGGGAAGAUCAAAACAAAGCCUGCAGAAGCUUUUCUACUCAAAUUGUACUUGUUAAUCCACGUUUUCAAAUAGAUUAACAAAACAGAGGAAAUUGUCAAUAAUUUGAUAACAAUUUAGGGAAACUACUUGAACUUUGUCUUUC